UUACAAUCCCCUUACUUACGAAAUAUCCCCUGGGGGCAAAGUGGUGUCGGAGGUUUGACUACUCAGAGGACAGGUUCUGACGGUCGCUGCUGUUACUGUUGUUGGCACCGGAGCACUGAGGGUGGCGGCCAGGAUGCUCGCAGUCGGGCUCUUUUUGAUGGAAAUUAUUGUGGCAGCCGCAGGCCGAGUGCAGGGGAACCCAACCUUCUUUAUCGCAACUAUUCACAACCGAUGAAUUCCCACCACCUAUCCAUCCACAGGAUCAAUUCAUACAUGAAAAUUGACAAAUUUCAACAACUUACAGAUGAAACUAAAUGCCAAAAGAACACGUCACAAUACAACUACAACCAUCUUCCUAAUGCUACAAUGCCAAAAACAUUCCUCCUCAAAUUUCGUCACCAAUGA